AUGGGGAACCGCAGCGCCGCAGAGGCCGCCGGGCUGCCGGGGCGAGGACCGGGCGGCGCGGGGGCGGCGGCCCUGGUGGGGGGCGUGCUGCUCAUCGGCGCGGUGCUCGCGGGGAACUCGCUCGUGUGCGUGAGCGUGGCGGCCGAGCGCGCCCUGCAGACGCCCACCAACUACUUCAUCGUGAGCCUGGCGGCCGCCGACCUGCUGCUCGCCCUGCUCGUGCUGCCGCUGUUCGUCUACUCCGAGGUCCAGGGCGGCGUGUGGCUGCUGAGCCCCGGCCUCUGCGACGCGCUCAUGGCCAUGGACGUCAUGCUGUGCACCGCUUCCAUCUUCAACCUGUGCGCCAUCAGCGUGGACAGGUUCGUGGCCGUGGCCGUGCCCCUGCGCUACAACCGCCAGAGCGGAGGCGGGCGGCAGCUGCUGCUCAUCGGCGCCACGUGGCUGCUGGCGGCGGCGGUGGCGGCGCCCGUGCUGUGCGGCCUCAACGACACGCGCGGCCGCGACCCCACCGCGUGCCGCCUGGAGGACCGCGACUACGUGGUCUACUCGUCCGUGUGCUCCUUCCUGCUGCCCUGCCCGCUCAUGCUGCUGCUGUCCUGGGCCACCUGCCGGGGCCUGCGGCGCUGGGAGGCCGCGCGCCGCGCCAAACUGCACGCCCGCGCGCCCCGCCGGCCCCGCGGCCCCGGCCCGCCGCCUCCCGCCGCCGCCGCGCCCCCCGAGGCCGGCCCGCCGCAGCCCCCGCCGCCAGCCCGCAGGAGACGCGCCAGGAUCACCGGCCGGGAGCGCCAGGCCAUGAGGGUCCUGCCCGUGGUGGUCGGGGCCUUCCUGGUUUGCUGGACGCCCUUCUUCGUGGUGCACGUCACGCGGGCGCUGUGUCCCGCCUGCGCGGUGCCCCCGCGGCUGGUGAGCGCCGUCACCUGGCUGGGCUACCUCAACAGCGCCCUCAACCCGCUCCUCUACACGCUCUUCAGCGCCGAGUUCCGCGCCGUCUUCCGCAAGGCCCUGCGCCCCUGCUGCUGAGGGACCCCCCCCCCCAGCCGUCUCUGAGCCCCCGCCUGGCCUCAGGGGCCCGGCCCUGGCAGGGGACGAGGCCAUUUUGUACCACGUGUUAAAGGGACUCCUGCCCUGGCUGGUGUGCUCAGUGGAUAGAGCCUCGGCCUGCAGACUGAAGGUCUCGGGCUCGAUUCCCCGGCAGG